AUGGAACCAGGGAUCACCAACCAGUCAUUCAUUUUCUCCUACACUGACUUUACUCUCUUGGGUUUCCCUGGGAUAUCUCGAUGGAGGCCCCUCCUGGCAAUCCCAUUCUUUACUAUGUACCUAGUUAUCCUGAGUGGGAAUUCUCUCCUCAUCUGUCUCAUCUGCAUUAAGAAGACCCUCCAUUCCCCCAUGUAUUUGCUCAUCUCUGUGCUCUUUGCCAUUCACAUCACCAGUUGUACUGCCAUAUUGCCAAAAUUCCUCCUAGACUUGUUAUUCCAACUCAACCAAGUUUCCCUGACUGGCUGUCUUCUGCAGAUGUUUGUUAUCUACUUCAUGGCAGUGUGUGAGUCCAAUGUUAUGGUAUUAAUGUCCUUAGACAGAUACGUAGCAAUCUGUAGGCCACUGCAUUACCAUAACAUCAUGACAAAGAGGUUCCUGGUCUCCUUGACAUUUGUUAUAAUAAUUCAGAGCUUCGCCCUGGUUUGCCCAUUUGUCAUAUUUCCCUCUAUGACCCAGUUCUGCAAGUCCAACACCAUCCUGCACUUUGCCUGUGAACACCUGGCUCUUCUCAGUCUUGGAUGUGGAGACACCACCAAACUAGAGAAAGCCGGGCUGAUUAUACGCAUUCUUGUUCCUGUACGUGAUGGAAUUCUACUUAUGAUUUCCUACUCAACCAUACUCUACACAGCCAUGAAAACUGCCACAGGGAAAUCCCGACACAAAGCUCUAAACACCUGUGGGACCCACUUACUGGUGGCAGUGUUGGCCUAUGUGUGCGCGUUGGCAUCUUCCAGUGUGUGGAAAGUGGAAGCAACAGUUUCAGAAGAUGUUAAGCAUCUGUUCACUGCACUCUACAUUGUUAUCCCAGCUGCCUCAAACCCCUUUAUAUAUGGACUGAGGAUUUCAAAGAUCAGAAAGACUCUGGUUAAAUACUGGAGAGAAAGGAAAAUAUUGUUCUCAUCAUGA